UCCCCGCGUCGAGAAGGAGCCGAGCGGGCUGGAGACCGACAGGACCAGCUUUCGUCGUCGCAGUCGCCGCCGCCGCCGCCGCCGCCGCCGUUGCCGCCACUUAAGAGAAGCCGUCGCGGCCACCCCUGCCGCUCCCGCCGGCCACCAUGUCCGCCCAGGCGCAGAUGCGGGCCCUGCUGGACCAGCUCAUGGGCACGGCCCGGGACGGUUCAGUGUAUCUUUGCCUGCCUACAUCAAUCUGCAAGGGAGUUGCAGAAAAGCCUCAUGUUCAUCGAGCCGAGACGAAACCAGACAGAGGGUCAAGUUUACAGAUGACCGUGUCUGCAAGAGUCACCUUCUGGACUGCUGCCCCCACGACAUUCUGGCUGGGACGCGCAUGGACUUAGGAGAAUGUACCAAAAUCCACGACUUGGCCCUCCGAGCAGAUUAUGAGAUUGCAAGUAAAGAAAGGGACCUCUUUUUUGAGUUGGAUGCGAUGGAUCACUUGGAGUCCUUCAUCGCUGAGUGUGAUCGGAGAACGGAACUUGCCAAGAAACGGCUGGCAGAGACGCAGGAGGAGAUCAGUGCAGAAGUUUCUGCGAAGGCAGAAAAAGUACAUGAGUUGAAUGAAGAAAUAGGAAAGCUUCUUGCUAAAGCUGAGCAGCUGGGAGCUGAAGGAAAUGUGGAUGAAUCACAGAAGAUUCUCAUGGAAGUGGAGAAAGUCCGUGCAAAGAAAAAAGAAGCUGAGGAAGAAUACAGAAAUUCCAUGCCUGCGUCCAGUUUUCAGCAACAGAAGCUUCGUGUCUGUGAGGUCUGUUCGGCUUACCUUGGCCUCCAUGACAAUGACCGUCGUCUUGCAGACCACUUCGGGGGCAAGUUACACUUGGGAUUCAUUCAGAUUCGUGAGAAGCUCGAUCAGUUAAGGAAAACCGUGGCUGAGAAGCAGGAAAAGAGAAAUCAGGAUCGGCUGAGGAGGCGAGAGGAGAGAGAGCGGGAGGAGCGGCUGAGCAGGAGGUCUGGAUCAAGAACAAGAGAUCGCAGGAGGUCGCGCUCCCGGGACCGCCGUCGGAGGCGGUCGAGGUCGACUUCCAGAGAGCGGCGGAAGUCGUCCCGCUCCCGGUCCCGAGACAGACACCGGCGCCACCGAAGCCGCUCCCGGAGCCACAGCCGCGGCCAUCGCCGGGCAUCCAGGGACCGGAGCUCGAAAUACAAGUUCUCCCGAGAGCGGACUUCAAGGGAGGAGUCCUGGGAGCGCGGGCGGAGUGAGCGGGGGGCCACCGACUGGAGGCUUGAGAGUGCCAAUGGGAAGGCCGCAUCGCGGAGGUCGGAGGAGAAGGAGGCCGGCGAGAUCUGAGCCCACGCCCAGGCGCUGUAAAUAGUUUGAUCCGCGUUUGACACAGCCUCAUGUUACUCUUUGUAUUUGCUGAAUACAGCUCAUCUUUUGUAGUUUAACAUUUCUAUUGUUUUGGAGCUAGCUAUGAGUUUCUAGAGGUGUACAGAGUUGCUCCUGUGUUCUGGGUUAUGUCGAGUGGGAAUAAACAACCUGACAGACUGCC